CAAAAAUGAGGCUUAAACCUAUUCUUCUGUGUUUCCUUUUAGGGGUGGUUCUCAUCUCUUCUGCGGUGGCUCAUGAGCCAUCCAAAGAGGAUGAGUUACAAGUAGAAGAAAAUGGAGUUCAAAAAAGAAGCGUUGGGGAUAAUGCCUUGAUGCAUGAAGAACAUUUUGGAGGAGGUGACAGUGGUGGAGGAGAUGGUUAUGGAGGAGGAGGUGGUCAUGGAGGAGGAGGUGGUCAUGGAGGUGGAGGUGGUGGGCAUGGAGGUGGCGGCGGCGGCCAUGGAGGCGGAGGUGGUGGCUACGGAGGUGGG